AUGUCUCUCGAUCAAUCUCUCCAACUUCUUCGCCAUUGGAGCCAGACGGCCCUCGAACACCUCCCUCCUCAGGCACAAGAUGUAUUCCUUCAUCCAUUGGUACCAAAAGCUUUGACGGCCCUCCUAGCUUUGGGCAUUAUCCGCAAGGCUAACCGCGCACUGGGGUAUUGGGCGGCAAAUAAUUGGCAACGCGCUAAACCCUGGAAAAACGAGGGCGAGCUAGUUUUAUUAACUGGUGGAUGCAGUGGUAUCGGCAAGCAGAUCAUGGAGGACCUUGCAAAAGCCGGAGUCCGGGUGGUGAUACUUGAUAUUCAAGAGCCAUCAUUCCAACUGCCAUCCAACGUCGCUUUUUACAAAGCCGACAUCACCACCUCCGAAAAUAUUCGCAAUGUAGCAGAGAAGAUCCGCGCAGCGCACGGUGAUCCCACGGUGCUGGUCAAUAAUGCUGGUGUCGGACACGAUGGUUGCAUCCUCGAUGAGCCGGAGGCUAAGAUCCGGCAAACCUUUGAGGUCAACACGGUGUCGCAUUUUCUAAUGGUGCGCGAAUUUUUGCCUAGCAUGAUCAAGCAGAAUCAUGGGCAUGUCAUUACCAUUGCGAGCAUGGCCAGUUUUGCGGCACUAGGUGAGUUGGUGGACUAUUGCUGUUCUAAGGCGAGUGCAUUGGCGUUCCACGAGGGAUUGGGCCAGGAACUACGACUCUGGUACAAAGCUCCGAAAGUUCGAACUAGUGUCAUUCAUCCUCUCUGGGUCAAAACCCCCAUGAUCCAACCAUUAACCGACGUGGGCGACCAUUUCAAACAACCCGUCCUCACACCGGAAUUGGUGUCAGCUGCUGUGAUCAAACAGAUACUUACCCAGAGUAGCGGACAGGUCAUCCUACCAAACUAUCUCAGCCCGAUUAGCCUCGUCAGGGCCCUGCCGUCCUGGUUGCAGGAAGCUGCCCGUGGAAGAGCUUCGAGGGAUCUGAGAGUUUUGAGAGAUGUACAGGAAGCUAAGGGCUUGUAG